AUGCCUCCAUCUCACCAAUACACACACUCGUACUCCAACUCGCAAUCGCAGUCUUACCCCGCCCGCUACUCGAUGGCACCCUCCGGCGGCGCUUCCACAAUGUCCCCCGCCAAAAGCCGGCAAUACGCUCAGUUGGAAUCGAAACUCGCCGAACUGAAUGCGAAUCUCGCAGCCACUAAGAGUCUUCUCGAGAUCACGGCCGUGCAAGCGAAUGAUAUGCGUUUCCUCGGAGGGUAUGUCGGUGCGCUGUUCAUGGGCGCUGCCAAUGUGCUCGGUGAGGAGGGGGUUAAGAAGGCCGGUCAGCAGCAGGCGGAGCAGGAGCAGCAAAUGGAAGAAGAGAGAUAG